AUGGAUUGGUUAACGAGAUUCCUAGUAGCCGUGGCGUUCUUAGCCGCCGGAGUGAUAUUUUCGCCGGAGACAUUCGGAUCGCUGUCGAGUGGAGAGAAUUCGGCGAAGCUCUUGAUCUUCCUGAAGCUAGCUCAUCUACUCAGCUUCGCUACAGCUUGGGGUGCUGCUCUCUGGGCUACCUUCAUCGGUGGAAUCAUCAUGUUCAAGAAUUUACCGAGGCAUCAGUUCGGUAAUCUUCAGAGCAAGAUGUUUCCCGCUUACUUCACUCUGGUUGGUUCUUGCUGCGCAAUUUCACUGUCUGCUUUUGGGUAUUUGCAUCCAUGGAAGUCAUCUUCUGCUGUGGAGAAGUAUCAGCUUGGGUUUCUCCUUUCGGCUUUUGCUUUCAAUCUCACCAACCUGUUCGUCUUCACUCCCAUGACCAUCGAUAUGAUGAAGCAAAGGCACAAAGUAGAGAGAGAGAACAACAUUGGAGAUGAGGUUGGGUGGUCCAAGAACAGGGAAAAGGCAAAGACUAUCCCCAAGCUUGCUGCCAUGAACAAGAAGUUUGGUAUGAUUCACGGCUUGUCAUCUCUAGCUAACAUCCUUUCAUUUGGAAGCCUUGCUAUGCAUUCUUGGUAUCUAGCAGGGAAGAUGAAUCUCUAA